AUGUUGUUGCGAUGCACCUUGAAACGGACGCCGUGGUCCUUAAUACAGCGUUUCUUCUCGUCCUUGCGGAUUGAGCCUAAAGGGGGGGGCGUCGUACGUGUGAGCUGGUCAAUUCUUGUUGCGUCGCUGGCUGCGGCCGUCUCUGCUCAUCAAAACCUUCACCAGUUUUGGGUCAACGGGGUUUCUCCAGGUUAUGAGAUUGGAAUUCGUCGUGCCCCCAGUAACAGUCCAGUAACAGAUGUGAAGAGCAACGAUAUUGUGUGCAAUGUUGGAGGCGACAAAGUACCCUCAGGGGUAGAGACAAUUCCCGCUCGCGAAGGAGACAAGGUCACUGUAGGAUGGGACCCGUCAGGUCAUCCUGGCCCUAUCACUCACUUCUUGUACGGCCCUGUGGAUGAAGCCGCUAAAGCAUCCGGGGUUGGUGCGGGCUGGUUCAAGAUUGAUGAGCGCGACUACGUGGAUGGACACUGGGCAAACGAAGUGAUCCAGAACAACGGCGGAAAUUAUACGUUUAGCCUCCCUACGGGUCUCAAGAGUGGAGAUUAUCUGCUCCGGUCAGAAAUGCUGGCUCUCCACGCAGCCCAAACAAUUGGCGGCGCCCAGUUUUACAUCGGUUGCAUACAGUUGAAGAUAACUGGAAGCGGAGGGAAUUGUUCGCCCACAAUUUCUCUACCAGGAGCCUACAAUGCUGAGGAUAGUAAUAUUUAUAUCCCGAAUGUGUACUAUGGGUUUGACCCCACAACAUACACUGCACCUGGAGGCCCCGUUGCGUCGUGCAAAUGAUGAAAAAAGUUGAGGUCUGAAAGUUGGAAAAUUUCAUUCUGCUGUCAUAGCAAAUACCACAGCAUAGAUGAUAUUAUUGCGUCUUUAUAAGAUUUUGUUACUCAGGACCGACAACACUUUAUACUUAUCCAGACUAACCCGGCAUCCAGUCUAGUUUGUCUAGGUAGUUUGCACACACCGUUAUACAAUGCACAAUAUUCAUUGUUACCUAGGUUAGGUACUUAUAUAUCAGACAACAAUCGUUGUUAAAUUCUGGACAAUGAUCAUUGUCGAUUGCUGAACAACGGACAACUAUCGGUUGACAAUCCUGACAACGCUGCCGAUGUCGACAAUAGACAACGCCUGCUGUCAACCCGAAGGAUUGGUUCAAAUCUCCACAAUCGACAAAGAAUAUU